GUGAGCAAUAUGGCAUUAUGGUUAGUUUUGUCCUUGGGUAGCAGAGGCAUGUGGGGAGGACAAUGUCUUUUACCAAGAAGCCUGGAGGGAAGGCAUUAGAUCUUUUACAACAUUUGCCUCGUAUUACAUUAGGAAACUUGCGACCUGAGCCGGGGACCAGAAAACCUGAAAAGAGGCGAGGCAGGGGCCAACAUGGAGGAAACCGAAGUGGCCGGGGUCACAAGGGGGAGAGGCAGCGAGGCAACCGACCUCGUCUGGGGUUUGAGGGCGGUCAGACUCCGUUCUACCUGGCCAUCCCCAAAUACGGCUACAAUGAGGGCCACAGUCGUCGGCCCCAGUACCAGCCUUUGACCCUGAGAAGGCUGCAGUACCUGAUUGACCUGGGCCGACUUGAUCCCACUCAGCCUAUUGACCUGACUCAAAUGGUCAAUGGUAGGGGAGUGACCAUUCAGCCGCUGAAGAGGGACUAUGGCGUCCAGCUUGUCGAGGAGGGCGCUGGUGUAUUUGCAGCGAAGGUCAACAUAGAAGUUCAGAUGGCAUCUGAGGCGGCCAUCGCAGCAAUCGAGAGAAAUGGAGGGAUUGUCACUACUGGUUUCUAUGACCCCAGAAGUCUUGCGAUCCUCUGCAAGCCUGUGCCGUUCUUCAUUAGCGGACAGCCAAUUCCAAAGAGAAUGUUUCCAGGAGAGGAUAUGGUGAGGUACUACACAGAUGCUGCCAACCGGGGCUACCUGGCAGACCCGGGGAAGAUCCAGAAAGCGCGAGUAGCUUUGGCCCAGAAGUACGGCUAUGUUUUACCGGACAUUUCCAAAGACGAGCUCUUCCACAUGCUCUCUAUGAGAAAGGACCCACGACAGAUCUUCUUCGGCCUCUUGCCUGGGUGGGUGGUCAACAUGCCUGAAAAGAAGAUUCUGAAACCGACCGAUGAGAAACUACUCCAAUAUUACAGUACUUAAAAAUGAUUAAACGAUAUUGAACAUGCUGUUUAUGUAAAUAAGUUAUGAUGGUUGAUUUGGAAUAAACGGUAUCUUAGCACAACUUCA